AUGGAAGCUACCAUGCACAGGCCCCUCGUCAUUGCCAGGCAUCGCAACCGCAUCUCUUCCAGGAUACGCAACCCUGCGAACAGAUCCCGGUUCACGAUCAACCACAACAUCAGGCCUUUCUUGAACAAGAUCAAGCACGAGUGCGGAUUUAACUCCAUUGAAGACGUCACUAACUGGCUCAAGUCAGACGAGGUGUUUCCCUGGUGGCAAGAAUUCCGGCGGGACUGCCUCCAGCAGUUUCCGCCGCUUACCACUAGAUGCAAGUUCUCCAGCCCCGUCACGGGGCGGGUCGAGCAGCGCGUGUACCACCGCCGGGCGUUUCUAUCCAUUUCGGCGGUGACGCGGCUGCUCGAGGACGAGGACCUGUUCAAGAAGCUGCAGCGGGCGGCCGGCGACAAGCGCAGUUGGGCCUUCAACUGCCACGUUGCCUGGUUCGUCGCCCAGGUGUACGCCAAGUGCUGGGACGCGAAGAGGGAUGAGGGCAGCUUGUGCCCGUUGGUGAGGGAAGACUGGGAGGGCGACGACGGCCGCCAGCCGUGGCUGUGGGUCUACCCGCUGGUGUACACGCUGAAGUACCUGUCGGUGAUCGAGGAGCGCCAGCCGGGGUGGGGUGUGGAGUUUGGUGAUGAGGACGACUACUUCAUGUAG